AUGCUAGCUAAGCACAGCAAGAACAAGCUCCCCGCCAUCACGCUCGAGUCCUCCUUCAAAUUCUCAGCCUCUGCUCCAUCAAAUUUACCCUUUUCCCAAUGCAGACAAGAUCCAAAGAACCACCUUCAGCAAUGCAUCUCGAACAGUCCUUACCCAGAAAUUUCUGGUUUUUUCCAGAAAGGAUUUUCGCUGAUCACCAAACAAUCCAUGGGAAAAUCACUGCACGGUCUGUGCACAAAGUGUUCGAAUCUCUCGAGCAUUUUUCACACAAACACAUUGAUAAACAUGUACUCGAGAUUUGGAAAAAUAGACUACGCCCAGAAGGUGUUUGAUAGAAUGCCCGACAGAAACGCGGCUUCUUGGAACAACAUGAUUUCUGGAUACGUGAAGACGGGAAUGCAUAUUGAUGCUUGCGAGCUGUUUCUCGAGAUGUGGGCCCGAGGGUUCGAACUGAACGGUUAUAAUAUCGCGAGCUUGCUGACCGCACUCAGCAAGUCAGGGAGCAUGCUCCUAGAAGGGCUUCAGAUUCAUAGUCUACUUUUGAAGAGCGGUUUAAUUCAAGAUGAUGUUUACGUGGGGACCUCACUUUUGCAUUUUUAUGGGGGUUACGGGCUUAUUCACGAAGCCCGGGUGCUCUUUGAGGAUAUGCCCGAAAAAAAUGUGGUUUCUUGGACCUCCUUGAUGGUUAACUAUGCAAACGGUGGAUUGUACCAUGAGGUUGUUGACUUGUACCUGAGAAUGAGGCGUGAAGGGGUGAGUUGUAAUCAGAACACCUUUACUACGGUUAUUAGCUCUUGUGGGGCCCUUGAUGAUGAGUGUUUGGUCCUUCAAGUGCUUGGUCACGUUACUAUGUCGGGUCUCGUGACAGAUGUAUCGGUUGCGAAUUCUCUCGUAUCCGUUUUUGGUGAUUUCGGUAGAAUAGAAGUGGCCCGCUAUGUAUUUAAUAGCAUGGAUGAACGUGAUACUAUAUCUUGGAACUCAAUUCUGGCUGCUCUCGCUCGUAAUUGCCUCUCGCUAGAGAUGCUCAGAUAUUUUCACUUGAUGCGGCUCAAUCAUGGGAAAAUAGAUCAAAGUACACUGUCCACUUUGCUGUCUGCAAGUGGUGCUGUUGAUAAUUUGAGUUGGGGCAGAGGAAUUCAUGGCUUGCUAGUCAAGACGGGAUUGGAUUUAGAUAUCUGUCUUUCAAAUACCCUUAUAACUAUGUAUUUCGAGACGGGCAGAUAUAAAGAUUCAGAAAAAUUGUUUCACAGCAUACCACAGAAGGAUUUGAUCUCUUGGAACUCCAUGGUGGCAGGUUAUGUUUUGGGAGGCAUGUUCUUAGAUGCCUUGCGGGUGUUCAGGGAAUUAAUCAGGAUGGGAAACUUUACGAAUUACGUUACUUUUGCAAGCGCACUGUCUGCCUGUGCUAAUGCCAAAUUUCUGUCCGAGGGUAAAAUCAUCCACUCACUUGCAGUCACGUCCGGACUCCACCAAAAUACGGUAGUCGGGAAUGCACUGGUCACUAUGUACGGGAAGUGCGGGGCCACGUGUGUAGCUAAGAAGGUUUUUCUACGUAUGCACGGAAAGGAGUUAGUUACUUGGAAUGCCCUGAUUGGUGGUUAUGCCGAAAACGAAGAAGCUGACGAGGCAGUUAAAAUUUUCAUUUCAAUGAGAGAAAGUGGCGUAUCAUCAAACUACAUAACCCUAACAAACUUGCUCGGAUCUUGUUGCACCCCGUGCAACCUCCGAACUUACGGAACACCAUUGCACGCACAUGCGUUGCUUGCUGGAUUCGAACCGGACGAGUAUGUCAAAAACUCGCUUAUCUCGAUGUACGCCAAUUGUGGGGACCUCGGUUCUAGUAACUCUAUAUUCCACUCGUUGGUCGACCGAACGUCCGCCACCUGGAGUGCCAUGGUGGCUGCCAACACUCAUAACGGUCAUUGGGAGGAAUCUUUAAGGCUCAUGGUCGAGAUGCAACGAGCUGAGGUCGGUUUCGAUCAGUUCAGCCUCUCGGCAGCACUUUCGGCCUCAGCAAACCUAGCCAUUCUAGAGGACGGGCAGCAUCUUCACUGUGCAUCAAUCAAGCUCGGUUUUCACGAUUAUCAUUUCGUCUCGAGUGCCGCCAUGGACAUGUACGGAAAAUGCGGCGAGCUCGACGAUCUUCUAAGACUGCUUCCCGAGCCGAAAACCCGUUCUCGCCUCUCGUGGAAUAUACUGAUAUCCGCGCUGGCCAGGCAUGGAAACUUCCGGAAGGCCCAGGAAACCUUCCACGAGAUGGCAGCCUACGGGCUGAAGCCCGACCACGUCACGUUUGUCUCCCUCCUGUCCGCGUGCAGCCACGGGGGGCUCGUGGACGAGGGCCUCGAGUAUUUCCGCUCGAUGAAAACCGAGUUUGGAGUCCCGCCAGCUGUAGAGCACUGUGUGUGCAUGGUUGAUUUGCUCAGCCGCUCGGGAAGGCUCUCUGAGGCUGAGGUUUUUAUUGAGGAAAUGCCGGUCUCACCCACCGACUUCAUCUGGCGUACUUUAUUAUCCUCGUGUAAGACACACGGGAAUUUAGAGCUCGGGAAAAAGGCUGCCCGGAAGCUUCUGGAAGCAAACCCAUCAGAUGAUUCAGCUUACGUGCUGUACUCUAACGUGUGCGCGAGCUCCGGGAGGUGGCAGGACGUGCUGGGUGUGAGGGUGAAAAUGGAAACUGUGAAUGUGAGGAAAAAGCCUGCGUACAGCUGGCUGAACGUGCAGGAUCAAGUGAGCACGUUCGGGGCAGGGGACAAGUCGCAUGUCGAGUGUGAGAGAAUAUACAGUAAACUGAGGGAGCUGAGGAGAGAGAUUAAGGAGGCGGGUUAUGUUGCGAAUACGAGCUCUGAACUGCAUGAUACGGACGAGGAGCAGAAGGAGGACAGCUUGUGGGCCCACAGCGAGAGGCUGGCGCUCGCGUACGGGCUGAUUAGCACGAAAGAGGGGUCGACCCUGAGGAUUUUCAAGAACCUCCGGGUUUGUGGGGAUUGCCACAGCGUGUACAAGUUUGUGAGCGGUGUGGUGGGGAGGGAGAUUGUGCUGAGGGACCCGUAUCGGUUUCACAGGUUUAGGGGUGGGGAGUGUUCGUGCAAUGACUACUGGUAG